GAUUUCCAGAAGAAGAAGCCAGUACGACAAUACACCAGACGGUGGACUGUACUGUUUUCAGAAGAAGAUGAGAAAAUCUCGUUUAGGGGUGUUUGGAAAUUCUUUGGUCACGCGUGUGUACAGCAGACUGCCCCCGGCCCCCCGGGGCAGCUGAUAAAUAUUAAAUUUUCUCAAAUCAAACUUAGAGAAAGAAAGAAAAAAAAACAGAGGGCAUAUCGGCAUCUCUAUGCUGCUCAUCGAUAAAAUGGCGCGGAUGACCCGCGAUAAAUGAACAAUAAACAAAAUCGAUAACAACAACAACAACAAAGACAUCACCGCUUCGAAGUUCGAGGAUGAAGUAAAACUUGACUGCCUUGGGAGAGAAUUAGUUUUUUACCUGAGCAUCGAGGCAUAAACUUUCUAGAGUUUGAAGAUCAGUGACAUUACAUGAUGACAUUGUCAGCCACAGCUUUAGAGUUUGUUCCAGGAAGAUACUGGAAUGGGUUACAAAAUGAACCGGAGUAUGACUACAUUGUAGAAUUGAAUGACAUUCUGUAUCAGCUGAGCAUCAAUCCUGGCUUGUUUCAAGAAUGCAUGAAUUCAUUGACUGACAUCCUCUCAGUAUCCAUCAGAGAAGACUGGCAGUUGAGUGAAGUCGCUGAUGUCAUAUUUGAACAGUCCAUUAUGGAGCCAAACUUCACAUAUACUGGAGCCCGGAUGAUUGAUCACCUCUUCAAGACCUUACCGGUUCAACCAGGUGGCAGAAACAUACGCACACUCAUCAAUGAAAGAGCCAAGGAGGUUGUUGUAAGGAAGGAAGAGAUGGCAUUAGACCCUGCACAACACAAGAGAUUACAUGGCGUUACCAUGUUUAUGGCUGAACUUUUCAUGAAUAUGGAGAUCAUAGGUGGCGAUGGCACUAUCCAUAAGGUCAAGGUUUACAGAGUAGCCCUCCAAGAACUCUUCCAGUCUCUGACAGACUACCCCUCAGAAGCAAACCUCAAGUGUCUAUGUAACAUAUUCAAGUUGGCAGGGAAGACGAUAGAGGAUUAUGAUCGAGAAAUGAGCAACAGUCAGUCGUCAGAGCUAAUUAACAAGAUCUUCAAUGAUGGGAGAAAUUAUAUUGUCAAUGGCGAGGUUGACAGAUCUAUCAGAGAGCAGUGGCUGCGACUGAUUGAAUUCAGAGCUUCAGACUGGGGGAGGAGGUCAAUCAACGGUCAAAGGUCAAAGUAUGAAGAGCCAGUAGGGGCCGUUGCUAUGAAUGGGGCUGCUGGAGGAGAUGUAUUUACGAAUAUCCCUACAUUUUACAGUUCAAAGGGAACAGUAAUAUCUGCAGAGGAAGCUGGUUUCAAUGCAGAGCUGUUUAACCCAGAAGACUAUUCUUAUGAAGAAGAAACUGACCCCAACAAUUUGAACUUUGACCCUGCCCUGGAUCACUAUGGCUGGCAACCCGAAUUAGGGGAUGGGUCCGGUGUAACAUCUGAUAUGGCUGAUGCUUACGAGGCUUUCCUGAGGGAAACGGGCCAAGAAGACCAAUCUGGACUGACAUGGGGCCUCGAAUGAUGUCAUGUAACUACCAGAGGCGCUAGAACACUUUGAGCACGCAAAGGAUCGGAGGGAUAUGUUAUAAUGGGUGGACAAUGGCAUGCCCCUUCAGUCGUUUGUGAAGGCCAAGCAUUCCAGUUUCACUGGUAAGGGAAACUGGCCAGGAAGACCAAUCCGGACUGACGUGGGCCUCAAAUUAUAUCUUGUGGCUAUCAGAGGCGCUGGAACACUUUGAGCACACAAAGGAUUGUAGGGGCAUGCCUCUGUAGGUUAACAAUUCUAUGCCCCUCCAGUCCUUCAUGAAACCCCAUCGUGCUGGUGUCACCGGUGAUUAAUAUGUUGAUCAUCAUUCAACUGUAUAGGAUGGAGUAUCAUCAGAUUGUUCAAGAACUGCUUGAAGAUUUAGGACUUCUCAGCUGUCAUUGCCCUUGGAGGUAGAUUAACCUGUUGACUUCUUAAUUCUGUCAUUCCAACAGGUUUUGUAGAGGGACCACCUGGUUCCAGUAGGCAUUGUGUUAAAGGAAAUGAUCAAUCUCAUUCACUUGCUGAAAAUCCUCCUCCAAAAGUUCCCUCUGGGCACCUUCACAAAGUGAUUUUCUGUCACAACUUAUAAACGGUUCCUAGCUGUCUUGAACAGUACUUUGAUGAGUGCACACCUUGGCUGAUAUCAAUGAAAACUACAAGUAUUUACCAAGCACUGACUAUAAUGAAAGCAAACUACACAUUAUGACAUGCACCUGUAAUCCAGGUUCAUAUGUAAGUUACAAACUAUUUUGGAGGUCUAAGGUUCAAGCCCCGGGUCAUGUCUUUUGGAAAGUGACAUAAUGGUAAAUCCCCAGAUAUAUAGAAACAUACAUGAUUGUUUACAUGCCUACAAAAUCCCAGUAACAUGCAUACACUUGCACCAAGAACACAUUUUGUAAUCAUUUGCAUGCGUAUCUAGAAGAGUAUAAGCUUAUAAAUGUGAGUACCUCUCCUUACGCAGUUGUCCCCAAAUCUCCCAAAACGUGCUUUUGAACCACUAAAAACCUAUCCAAUAACAAAGAUCAAUUAUACAUAAAAUAUAUGUCUGUUUUGGGGUUUGUCUGUUUUCAUUUAUCCUUUGUAUCACAUUAAACAAAAUGAUCCAAGAUGAUAUACAUGUCAUGAAAAGGAUGAGUGUGUAUAAUAAUUACAGUAUUGUUGUUAAGCUCUCUUUAUAGAUAUAAUAUGAAAGGUUAUAUCACUCUGCUUUGAAAAUAACGUAACAUAAAUAUUUUUGUGAAUCAUCAAUGAACAAAUUAAUAUAUAGUCAUGUUUAAAAUUCUACAUGUCACUCAAAUUUAUAGACUAUGUAUAGAUUGAAAUUUUCUGUUAUUCACAUGAUAUGUCCAUUUCCUUUUGCAUUUUAAAGGACUGUAAAGCAUAUCUACAGCUGGAAAAACAACAACUUAAUUUUAUCCACAAAAAAGUAUGACAGAUCAUCAAAAUCUGUAUCAAGCAUUAAACAUGUUAACAGUUCAUGAACAUCAAGGUGAAAAUACUCUUACACGAGUGUCCAUGCGGAACAGCAAACACAUAAAUGUUUUCAAAAUGUUUUAAAGUGGUACUCAGGGCUGAAAAUAUGUAUAUGUAAAGAAAUAAAGUAAAAAUUACAGAGCAAACGCUGAAAAAUUUCAUCAAAAUCUGAUAGCAAAUAACGACGUUAUUGAAUUCUAAAGUUUGGCAAUAUUUUGUAAAACAGUUGCAUGCACGUCAUCAUGAAUAUUAAUUAGGUGGGCUGAUGAUGUCACAUCCCCACUGUCCUUUUUCUUAAUGUUACUACAUGAAAUCCAGUUUGUUUCAUUAGUUCAUACAUGUGUAACUGAUAUGUCUCCCUUAUAAUUAAAUAAGUUGCAGCAAUCAAUAUCUAAUGCACUAAAUCAGUUGUCAAUCAAAUUUUUCUAUUUCUUGGAGGAAAAAAAAAAUGAACCUAAUUCCACAUAAUAAAAUACAACAGAACAAGUGGCGAUAUGAUAUCAAUGUGCUCAUUGAAUAUUCAUGGAAGACAUGCCUCAAACUGUUUUACUGGAAUAAUGCAAAACUUUGAAAUGUCAUAACUGUGUUAUUCCUUGUCUGAUUUUGAUCAAAUUUUCAGUGUUUUGUUUGUCUGAUUUUUCUCUAUCUGUUCAAAUAAUAUUAUCUUCAGCCUAAAGUACCCCUUUAAAGGUUUUCCGCAGGUCCUUGCACUUUGGAGUGAAUGCAUAGAAUGUUCAGGAAAAGUCUGAUUGUUUGUCGGAAAUCCUCCUAUCGACCCAUAUCUUGUAAAUUAUUUUUCAUGAUUUACUGAAACUUCUAGCAAUUUCUCCAACAUCGAGCACUUGACUUUAUCCAUCUAGUACACACAUGGGUAUUAUAUGUUCACUAUUUUGCACACUGUACAUGUAUGUUUGUAGGAAGAUGUUAAAUCAAUGAAAAAAAAGUGCAAUUUGAUACACAGGUAAUUAUUUUUUUUUGUGUGUGUGUUUCAGUAUAUAUUUUGUUUGGAUUUUAGUAAAGUCAGGAAGACUAACCAUUUUACUGUGUUACACCAGGGUCCCGUUUUACAAAGAGUUGUGAUUAAUACGAUCUAAUAUGCAUAUUUGUUUGAAUUUUUUUCUUGAUACAAUGUAUACUCUAGUCUACAUUCGUUGUCUUGACAAUUUAGUGUGCUUCCUCUUUGUUUACAAAGGACAUUGCGCAUAUAUCUUGUAAGAAGAAUUAUGAAAUUGAUGGAUUUCUUUUCUGAUAGAUAUAAUAUCUGUGUGUCACUGGUGGACUGCGUCGGUUGUUUUGAAGUGUGAUGAACAGGAGACCUCAAUUGCUUUUUCGCUUUUUUAGAGUCGAUGACUUCCAUUUUUUCUUAUCAUUUUGAAUACUGUUGAUUAUCCACCAGGGAAAGAUGUUCUGUUUAUACCUCUCAUUCCAGAAGAAGCAAUUUUUCUACUUAAAAAAAAGUAGAUGUAUUCUGUUGAAAUUGAUUGCGAUGGGAACAAGAAAGCAUUUAAUGCAUAGGUUCUGUUCCACAAAGAAUUUACUAUCCUGUUCCAAAGAGGGCCCUAGAAUUUUACUAUAAAGAACAAGCAUGCACAAAUUCCCAAGAAAAGUAAAGGGAAAAUAAAAUCAAAUGUAUGAAAUGUGUCAUUGUUUAAAUAUAUAUAUUGGAUAUUGUUGUUGCACUUCUUGCCUUGUGUAUAUAUUUGUAUUACAAAACAAUAAGGGCUAUGGUCAAAAUUCUAUUUGAUUCCAGCACAAAAUGAACAAGUUUAGACAUCAUAGCAGGGAAUUAAUCAUUCCCUGAUCAAAGUCCCUCUAAACUAAUUCUUUGCACACAUAUGAAAAAAUCACAAUUAUUUAUUAGAAAAUAGGUAAUUACAAUUUCAAGUUAUAAAAAGUAAUACAACAGCUGACUGCUUUUCAUAGGUAUGCGUUAAUCCGAACUGUCAUAUUACUAUGCUAUGUAGCAGUACUUUAUUUUAUUUUUCAUUUAUUUAUUUUUACAUAAUUGAAAGGUCAUUGAUGUGAAACUAUUUAAAUUACUCAACAAAAAAAUUUUUAUAAUAGAAAACUCAGUGAGAAAUAGAAUUUGGCUUUACCUAUUUACAAAAAAAAAAAAAAAUAGAAGUCCAGUUUUGACCCUAAAGUGACCAAUAUCUCUUUUUAGAUUAUGCUAAAAAAUUGCAGUGUACAGUUAACUACCAUUGCAGUAUUCUGAGUGAUUCAUUGAAUACGUUUUUAUCAUUUGUAGAGUAAUCAUAUUCUCAGUGAAAUUGAUUUUCAAUGCUCAAAGGGAACCCCUGGGCCCCGUCUCAGAAAAAAAUUAGUGUAGAUUAAAAUCAAAUGUAAAUUGAGGUUGAUGAUUGAUCUCAAUUUGUGUUUGUAAAGAGAUAGGAUUUAGAAAUCAAUUGCGACUUUAAGUUUGAUUUGAAUCUAUCACAACUUUUUUCGCGACGGGGUCGUAGCGCUAAUUUAUUUGCAGACCUCGUUUGUUUUGGGGGUCCAUUACCAUGGCUCUUCCACUUGACCUAAACACUAGCCAAUGCCUGCAAAGGCAUAUACUUUAUCUGUAUAAAAUUUAGGAAAUAUGAUCAUACAAAGUGCAAAAAAAAAGUCUGUAAAAUUCUGUACAGUAACUUGUUUGUAUUAAAUAUCAAUUUUUCUUUUUGAA